GACGUCUAGUCGUCACAGGAGCGGAAGUUGCUGUCAAAGUAAAGACUGCCAUGGCAGUAGAUAAAUAACAAAUGAACUAAAAGAUUAAAGAGGCUUGUUUUACUGGCGUGGGCAUGAAGACGGUGUUUGUAACUGUGGGGACUACGAGCUUUGACGAGCUCAUUGAAAACAUCACGACUUUAGACGCCGUUCAGGCUUUAAAGGCUCGUGGAUAUGAGCGUUUGGUUCUGCAGGUCGGGAGAGGAAGUCUUCUUCCAACUGCUGACAGCUGUCCACUCAUCAGAGUGGAGGCUUUUCGAUUUAAAGACUCCAUAGCAGAAGACAUGAAGCAGGCUGAUCUUGUUAUUAGCCACGCAGGGGCUGGUAGUUGUCUGGAGGCGCUCGGUGCAGGCAAACCUCUGCUGGUUGUGGUCAAUGACAAACUAAUGAACAAUCACCAGUUGGAACUGGCUGAACAGCUGCACACUGACUCACACUUGCUUUACUGCACAUGCAGCACUCUGACAGAAACACUGAAGACCAUGGAUCUCGCUAUUCUUCAACCGUUCUUACCUGGACAGCCAAAGAACUUUGCAAACUUUCUCGACAGAGCCCUCGGUGUUCGGUGAAAACAUAAUGUGCUAGAUUAUGAAUCACAGAAUGUCUCUUUAUCUGUUUCAUUAGUUUGAUAUGCAGUUGCUUCUAUGAAUACAUGAGCCAAAAUAUUAGCCUUCUAAUAUAAUGCAAAUUGCAUUAUAAUGUAGAGGUGCUGUAUUACCUUGCAUUAGUACAGGUGCAACUAAUACAUUGGCCAGUGAGUGUAAGAGUAAGUAAGUGUUGUAAGGUUUGUCCUGCCAUAAUUGUGAGCUGAUAAUGUAUUUCAGCUAAGACCGGUGAACAGAACACAGUACAACACUGUCACAUGUGCUAUAUAAUGUAUAAUUAAAAAAAAUCCAAUUCA